AUGGUUACCAGAUAUUCAAUUCUAUUCCUAACUAUUAUUUUAUGUACACUCGGUGUGAGUUUAGCAACUAGUACAGUUAAAAAAGAUAAAAUAUCAUUAUCGUCAAAGCGCAAUGAAACAUCACAAACGAAAAAACUCGCUAGAUUUACCAAGGAAGAAAAAUCACCUGCUAUAGCCUAUAUGUCAGAAGUUGGUUCACGUUGUUCUGACGAUGGGUUUUAUGCUGAUCGUGAUGAUUGCCGUAAAUUUCAUGUUUGUUAUGGUGGUACACAAUCAGUACGUUGGUGUAAAGAUGGCAUGCUUUGGGAUGAAAUCAAAAUUGGCUGUAGUGCACAAAGUAUUACAUCAUGUAUCGGUGGUAGAAGAAAAUGGGGCUACGAAGAAGCUACAACAACAAUGCAACCCACGACAACAACAGGUACUCUAACUGCUAAAGGUAAUUAUACGUGUCGUCUUGGUGCAACUGGGUUUUUUGCUGAUCCAAGCUCGUGUUCGAUAUAUCAUUGGUGUGUUUUGGGUGUAUUACAAUCGACACAUCGUUGUAAUUCUGGAUUACAUUUCUCAGCUAGUGCUAACGGAUGUUUAUGGCCAAAAGAUGCUGAAUGUGAAGGACAAAUUGCACCACCCUAUUCACCUAUUGAAUGUGCAGUGGGCACUUCCGGAUACUUUCCAGAUCCUUAUGAUUGUUCGGUAUUUCAUUAUUGUGAUGGUGUAAGAGGUCAAAGUGAUUCAUUACUUUGUUCAUCGGGUCUUGUUUGGAGUUCACGUUUAGAAAGUUGUGCUUGGCCUCAUGAAGUUACUGAAUGUCAAAAUACUUGUCCACCUAAUUAUUCCAGUCAAAUGCGUUUUGCUGAUCCAGUUACUUGUCCACAAUAUGUUCAAUGUGUUGAUGGUCAUUUAGAGCAACGCACAUGUCCAAAUAAAUUUUUAUUUGAUCGUAUUACAAAAACAUGUAAACCAUACGAACAAGCUGAAUGUCAUGGAGGUAAACCUGAUACUCCUAUCGGAACACCAACAACUACUGCACCGCCAACUACGACACCGGAUAUCCUAACAAGUAAUUCAGGCUCAUUGGAUAUAAUUAAACGCCAACGUUCAAUUCGAUUCAGUUGUGUUUCUGAUGGUUACUUUGGAGAUUCUACAGACUGUCGUAUCUAUCAUGUAUGUGUGGAUGGACGCGAUUAUCGAUCAAUGUGUGCAGCAGGUCUUGCUUGGGAACCUUUGUUACGUCUUUGUUUGUCGGCUAGUCUUGUUGGUUGUCAAAACUCAAAGUCGUUUGAACCACCAUCAGCCUCGUCACAUAAAAAGUGGCUUCAUUCAUUUACUCGUGCUGUUGUUAAAUCAACGACAACAACAACAACAAUAACAACAACAGCCACCACCAGCACCACACCCAGCACCACCACCAGUACCACUACACCAGCCACACCAUUCGGAUUACCUUCAAUUUUCUCAUGUGCUGGUCGCCUAAAUGGUUACUAUGCUGAUCCUGUACAUUGCAAUAAGUUUCAUUAUUGUGCCACAGGUUGGCAUAGCGUGAUGGAAUGCGAUAGUGAUCUGGCAUACUCGGCUCGCGAUAAUGAUUGUGUACCUGUUGACUUUGCCGACUGUGGAAAGAAUAGGUUAAUGAGAAAAAAAGAUUAG